AUGGGGAUAAGCUUGUUGACAAGCCUCUUCAAUAAGAUUUGGAUGAGUGCAAAAAUUCCAGAAGAAUGGAGACUCAGUGAGGGAGGUCGACGAUGGAGGCUAUCCACAUCACCAGAAACCUUAUGGAAAAGUAUAAGGAAAGACAAAAAGCGCUACACUGUGCAUUCCUUGAUUUGGAAAAAGGCAUACGAUAGUGUACCACGAGAGCUGAUCUGGAGGACGCUUCAAGCGAAAGGAGUUACUAGGAGAUACAUUAGUGUUAUCAGGGAUAUGUAUGAUAGGGCGAGGGCCGGUGUUCGAACACCGGUGGGGAGCACAGAGCUUUUCUUGGUAGAAAUGAGCCUACACCAGGGUUCGGAGCUUAGCCCAUACCUUUUUACCUUGAUCUUAGACAAGUUGUCUAAUAGCCUUCAGGAGGAACUACCGUGGUGCAUGAUUUUUGCCGAUGACAUUGCACUGAUUACGAGAUCGACGGAAGAGCUAAACUGUAGGUUAGAGAAAAGGAGAGAAGCCCUUAAAGACAAUGGUUUGUGUGUGAGCCGAGAGAAGACAGAAUACCUACGAUGUGACUUCGAUAAACAGGAGAUAAGACAAAAUGGAGAUGAGAAUAUUCGCAUUGGGGAGCGGAUAUUGGUUCCGAAGGUGUCUUUUAGAUACCUGGGAUCGGUGAUGCACAAAUCGGGGGGGGGGGGAUAUAGACGAAGACGUGACACAUCGAAUCCAAGCUGGAUGGAUGAGGUGGAGAGCAACUUCUGGAGUCAUGUGUGA